AUGUAUAAUGAACAACAUUUUCGAAAUAAACUCACCAUACAUAAAUUUCGUGAAGUGCUUGUAGAUAAACUCCUUGAAUUAAAACCUACAUCUUUACGUGUUUCAAAUUCUGAACAACCUCUUGAAAAUAGAUUUCAAAGACGACAAAUAAUAAAACAUAAACUCGAGGAGACAGAAGAAAAAUGUUCAAGAAACAGAAAAAAAAGAAAAAGGUGUAUUGAAUGCUAUACAAAAUUUUCGAAAGAACUAGGAUACAAGGAAGCUUUAAACAAGGCUAAGAAAGUAACAACCUUUUGCAGUCUUUGCCCAUCAAAACCAUCGGUUUGCAUACAAUGUUUUCAAGACCAUUUAAAAAAACAGAAUAUAGCUGAUCCUACACAGCGUUGA